AUGUCAGACGAUCCAAAGGACAAGCCCCCGUCCUCCACGUCUGAACCAUCAGACAAAGACAAACAGAAAGAAAAGGGAGAUAGUUCUAAAGAGAACCCUCCGGCUUGUGACGAUGAUGGCAAGGGCAGAAGCGAAGACGUGAUAGAUUCGCUUCCUGGGCAUAAAGACGUGGUUGUAUUCAAGUAA